AUGCCAAUGACCCUAGGACUACCUCCUCCUCCUCCUCUCUCCGACUCUGCCACCCACCUACAUCCACAGCACCUCCAGACCUCUACCACCAUACCUCCACCUCCUCAGACCCCUUGUUCAAAGGAGAUGGGCUUGCUCAUUGUUGAUGAAUCCCAACUUGUCAUUCCAUCCUCCUUCCUACCUCUGGUCUCCACACCUCCAGUACCUCCUCAUUCCUAUCUUACCUCCGAUCUUGAUAAUCUUAUUGUUUUAUCAUUUGAUAUUUUCUACAACCCCAAUCUUCCAGGGUUUUCCCCUUUGUUCCCAUUUGUCUUCUAUUAUGUAUAUAAGUCCUGUACUGUAGUUGAUGGCACCUCAGUGCAAAAUCGACGACUAGACUACCCCCCAGAGUUUGCGCCCUCCUGUUCUGAAGUUAAGGACCAGACUCCUAAGCAUCACCGAACCCUCCUUCUGGGGAAAGGUCCAGGGACACUGCCCUCCUCACGUGUUCUUGACACCUUCGACCCCAACCACAGCAGAGCAGCUGGGGUCACCAUCAUCGUUGUUAUAGAAUGGACCUAG